CAUGCGUAACAUUUCAGGUUCCUCUAGUAAAGUUCCUAUAAACUCAGUUUCGCGCGCUGAUAACGAGGUACUGUUCAACGCCACACGAUGAAAUUACUUGUUUUAGUUGUUGUAGAGAUACUAAACAGUUCUGACGUGCUUGUUAGUGUUAAACUAAAUUACUUUGUAUAAGAAAAAAUGUCGAGUGAAAUAUCUAUUGCAGAUAAACAGAUGGCUCGACAAAACGGUAUUGUGCAACCACUUUUAACUGACCUUUAUCAAAUAACUAUGGCGUAUGCAUAUUGGAAAUCAGGAAAAGUAAAUGAUGUCGCUGUAUUUGAUUUAUUUUUUCGAACAAAUCCAUUCCAAGGUGAAUUCACUAUAUUUGCUGGAUUAGAGGAGUGUAUGAAAUUUUUAGAAAACUUUCAUUAUUCUAACAGCGAUAUCAAAUAUUUGAAGCAAACAUUACCUGAAAACAUUGAACCUGAAUUUUAUUUAUAUCUCAAAGAACUAACUUGCAAGGACAUUAUUGUAAGUGCUAUUGAAGAAGGAUCUGUGGUGUUUCCGAGGGUGCCAUUGUUGAGAGUUGAAGGUCCGCUCAUUGUGGCACAGCUAUUGGAGACCACUCUGCUAACAUUAGUCAACUUUGCCAGUUUGAUGGCCACGAACGCUGCGAGAUAUCGGAUGGUGGCCGGUAAAAAUGUAUCCCUACUCGAAUUCGGACUACGGAGAGCGCAAGGACCCGAUGGAGGGCUAUCGGCGUCCAAAUAUGCGUACAUCGGUGGGUUUGACGGGACCAGCAACGUUCUGGCGGGAAAGAUGUUCAAUAUACCGGUAAAGGGCACCCACGCGCAUUCGUUCGUUACGUCCUUCAGUACUUUAGACGACAUACAUAGAGUGACGCUGACGCACGCGCAGACACGAGAGCCGUGUAAUCUUCUAGAGUCGGCAAUGGAAUGGCGGAGUCGCGUCUCUACCGUUAUCGAUGUAUCGACAGAGGAAUCCAGCGAUGGCGAACUGGCCGCCCUUAUAUCAUACGCCAUAGCCUUUCCGACGGGUUUCUUGGCUUUAGUGGAUACGUACGAUGUCAAGAGGUAUAAUUUUCAAGGCUUAACGUCACGUCACAGGCAGCGUAUUACGAAUGGGCAUUCUGGCUACAAUAGCAACUGUGGAACCAAUGGUACUAUAGUACAAAUAGCACCGACAAUACAUAGUACAUAUGGAUCUAGCACGGUCGAACGCACACUGAGGAGUGGACUACUGAACUUUUGUGCUGUGGCCUUAGCGUUAAACGAUUGUGGCUACAGAGCCGUGGGCAUUAGGAUUGAUAGUGGUGAUUUGGCGUAUCUAUCAGUACUGGCCAGGGAGACGUUCGAAAAGGUCGGGGAAACAUUCAACGUCCCUUGGUUCGCUAAACUAACAAUCGUCGCAUCCAAUGAUAUUAAUGAAGAAACCAUUCUAAGUUUAAACGAGCAGGGUCAUAAAAUUGAUUGUUUCGGCAUCGGAACGCAUUUAGUGACAUGUCAGCGGCAACCUGCUCUCGGUUGCGUCUACAAGUUGGUCGAAAUAAACGGCCAGCCGCGUAUAAAACUCAGCCAGGACGUUGGCAAAGUAACCAUACCCGGACACAAAGAGGCAUAUCGGCUGUUCGGUGCGGAUGGACACGCGCUCAUAGAUUUACUGCAGAGAUCUUCGGAACCAGCGCCGGUCGUCGGUCAGAAAGUGCUCUGCCGACAUCCGUUCCAAGAGUCGAAACGAGCCUACGUUAUCCCCAGCUAUGUCGAACAUCUUUAUAAGAUAUGCUGGAAAGAUGGACGCGUUUGUACGGCACCAAAACCCUUGUCAAAGGUUAGAGAGAGGGUACAGUCGUCUCUAAGGACACUUCGUCAAGACAUUAAACGUAACUUGAAUCCUACGCCUUAUAAGGUGGCCGUCAGCGACGAUCUAUACAACUUUAUCCACGACUUGUGGCUUCAGAAUGCACCCAUUGGUGAACUCUCAUGAAAAUAGGAUUGAAGAUUUAAGAGAGUGGCCACAACUCGACCACAAUUCGCACAAAAUAGAUCACUGACAAGCACGGAUUUAAGAUUUUAAUAGAAAUCACUUUUGUAAUGCAAAAGUAAUAACAAACAACUAUGAAAAAAAAUUUAUUCUUCACCAUUAUUAAAAAUGAAUAAAGCACAGCGUGGAUAAAAGCAAUAGUAAAAAUCGUGAAAAGCAUAUUGCUGAAAUGAAUUACGAUUUUAAAAAUUACACAUUUACCACAAUCGCUUUGAGAAAGAAAGAAAAAAACAUUAGUAUCUUGCCGCUUCUGGUUUCAGUAUUUUUACGUUUCAUUUAGAGGCGAAAACUGCUUGAAUCUUAAUAAAUGAUUCGAUGUAGCCUUCUUUACAUUAAGAAACAGAAAGUUGUAGUUACAGCAGACUACUUAAUGAAUACUGGAUGUAUUUGAAUCGUUCACAAAAAUGAAGACAGGUGAUAGAACUAGUGAUUCUUGUUGACAUGAUAAGACGAAGGAAUUAUUUGCAUUUGCAACUGCAUUAAACGCAAUGGAACACAAUUGUAAACCAGCUGACUUUGCUUUGAAUAGUGAGUUAGGACUUUUUGGUGGGAACACGAGGAGCGAAGUUGCGUGAAUUGUUUUAAUUUGUUAAUUUAGUGUUUCUUCAAGUUUAAAUCGUGUGUGAAACUGCACAAAUGUGUACCAAAGCCGCUGGACAUACAAUUUUGGGUUCCUCAAAAAGUCAUCUGAAAAAGUUUCAGUAAAAAACCACAAUUUUAUUGAGACUUUAUUUCAUCCCAUCUCAUUUCGAUUUUUUUAUAUUAAUGCAGAAUAUAAAAAGAAAUUGUAAGACUGGCUUAAAGGUCUCGUUACCAAGUCAUAAAACAUUCAAGGGGGUCAUGUAAUACGAACUGAAUAUGACAGCUGUAGGUGUAAUUAAAAAAAUAUGUUUCCGUUGCCUUUAGAUUAGUUUCAGGUUCGGGAACGGCCUUUCAACACCCUGUAUAGUGCGAUGGCCUUUAUUGUUGUAGACGUAUUUGUUGUUUUAUUUGUAAGUGGUUUUCUGGGUUUACUGUAUUGUAUUUAUUUACUGGUGUGACCGAAUUGUUAGUUGUAGUGGUGUUUAUAGUUAAAUUAAAAUGGGAAUUAAGUGCUACAGUUAUUCAAACUAAUUGAACAUCGAAAAUCGUAGUACCGUUUCUUAGUAUUAAUAGUGAAAGAGCGAAAUGAAUGUUAUGAAAUUCCGAACCAAAGGUACAGAUGUGCCUUAGUUUGUGAUCACCUUUAAGACACAAAAGAUAACAAUUCUUGAUUAGAAUUAUAUCCAAUUCGAAAGAAAAUUCUAGAAUAUCUAUGUAUCACUAAAAUCACGGCUUAGUGAACAUUGGCUGUCACAAAGUCACAAAAAGUUUUGUUUUUGUGAUUAAUGUGAGCUUUUAUUUUGUUGGUAAACUUACAUAGGUCCAUAUGUAUUGGGUACAAUAAUUUAAAAAAUGCAUUUAUGUAAAUUACGUAUUUGUUCCAAAAAGUAUAGUGUGAAUCGUAUUUUUUAUAGUUUUUGUUGAUCCCAGAAUCAAUUGGUUGGUACUAGUUUUUUAUUGUAUAAUAAAUUUAUGUUGUAUAGAUAAUA